AAUGUUUGUACGCGGACUGAAGAGGAAAUGUGUCGAUGGAGAGGAAGAUGUCGAAGGAACUUUAGCUGGCUUUAAAGCAAUUCCUUCCUACAACCUCCAGCGCCAGUCGCUGUUGGACAUGUCUCUGGUUAAACUUCAACUGUGCCACAUGCUCGUCGAACCUAAUCUCUAUCGUUCAGUGCUCAUAGCCAAUACAGUACGGCAGAUCCAAGAGGAAAUGACCCAAGAUGGGACUUGGCAGAUGAUAAGCGCCCAGAGUACAGGACCAUCCUCUUUGGACCGUCUGGUUUCCACAGACAUUCUCUGUCGUUCUUCAAAGGAGCAACCUGAAGAAAAGCUUAUCCAAGGAUAUAGUAGCUUCUCGAAAGACUUUGAAGACGCACAGUUACAAGGGAGUGCAGAAAUCCUAAGACCUGCUCCAGUGCAAGCUCCCAGAGACUUUCAGAAUAAUGUAUGGGAAAUGGAGUGUCCUGCAGAAAACAGAGGAAGCUUCCAUAAGUCAUUAGAUCAAAUAUUUGAAACCUUAGAAACAAAAACGCCUGAUUCUGUCGAAGAUCUUUUCUCAGAAGUCGACAGCUCCUAUUACAAUCUCGAUACGGUAUUAACAGGAAUGAUGGGCAGUUCGAAAAUGGGACACUGCGACGUGCUCGAAACGUUUCCUCAAGCGAGCACCAGUUCUAACUCUAGCUGUAAAUCCGACCUUAAUGAGCUCGACCAUUUUGUGGAGAUUCUGGUUGAGUCUUGAGGUGGAGGGGGGGAGAGUGACAUCCUCUGAGGAAGCCAGAUCUUGGAGGAGCAAAACUUUUCAGAGAGCUUGUUCUCUCAGAGCUGCAUAUGACCUCCCCAGCGAAAGCCUUUCAUUUUUCAAAGCUGUAUUAAUGUAUAAAAUUAAUCUUCCAUUUGUAAUGUCUGGUCUGUAAGUCCAUUUUUCUAAUGGCCACAAUUCAGAGAGGUGUAUUGGGCACAAGUUUGUGUCUAGCGGGGCUUCUUGAUUGCCAGUUUAACAUCACAGUCUCCACUCCGGCCCGUGUCACACACUGCUAAGAGAGCUCCCUGGUGCUUCACUAGUGGCUCAACAUCUCCAAAGGCUCCAGGGCCGAUCACACCAGUUCUCUGUAUUGUGCCCAUCCACCCCCACCCCCCCACACACACCCUUUUGGGUUCUGACACUUUGAAAACUAGACUAUUUUGCUAAUCCCUCCUAGCCUUUAGAAAAGACUUAAAAUAUUGCAGUGGUAUUUCCUCUCAUCAAGAUCAUCUCGUCCCUGAAAAUUUGGCAUGAUGGGGAGGCCAGGUGUAUGAAAGGGAGCGAUUAAAGCUCUCAGUCCAAGCCUAAGUCCAGUCCAGUUGGUGUUCAGGACAAAAACUUUGAGUGACCUUUCGUACUCCCGCUGUUUUGGCGGACUUGAGCAAUCUUAACUUUUCAGCGAAUGGGUCUGAGGAGCAAAAGCGUGGCUUCCCUCCUUAACUCCAAGGAAAUAACUUCCCCGGUUCGUAUCUUUGUUUAUUCACCACCCAGCUCUUGAAGAGCUGAAAGCCAUGAGUCCCAGUAUCCUAGAUCAUUCCCUCCUUCCCCCCCCCCA